UUGUACUAAUAUUUGCCGCCAGUUUUGCAAUCAGUGUAUACAAAAUAAGAAAAAUAACAAUGAGAAAAAGACGAAAAGAAUUGAUGCGCCUUCCUAGUAUUCCAAGGGACUCUCCAAGCGAAACGAGGUUGACCAAUGCAGAGAGUCCCUAUUCCGAUUCCAACUAUGAAACAAUAGAGGAACCAGACAAGCGUUGCGAACCUUUACGCGGAGAAGGAGAAAAUACUUUAUUUCUAACAGACGAAGAUGGACAAUAUUUAGAGCCUAACAAUGCAGACGGAACACAUUCAGAUAUAGUGCACAGCGUAAAUGGACCUAAUGAUUUCAUUAACGUUUCUCCUGACAUUGAUUUAUUAGAUGAUACGAUUAACGAUUCUCUUAAAUCGGAGGCUGUGGACAUUUUACAAUCCGAUAAUACUGCUGCAAUGAACGUAAAAAUAGAUGUGGAAAAAAAUGAAGAGGUAAACGAAGAUUUACCACCACGAGUGCAAGGAUUUUGAAAAGCGAAAGUUUUUGUAAAUCUCAGAAUUUCUAAAUCAAAAAUUACAAAGAAUAAGAGCAUCAUUCAUCUUUUUAGAUAAUAAGGUUCAUAUCCAGAUCGCAUGAGAUGAUGAAAAGAUAGAAUGUUUGUUUCGUACUUAUGUAGAGAUGUUGUCUAGGAAAAGAGUACCAACCUAUAAGAUCAUAUCGGAAAACUUACCGAAUCAAUAUUGUAUAUGCAUUGCCAGUUCUUUUUAAACAUAAUUUUAGUUUGUGGUAUGAUACAUUAUCAUUAAUCAUAAUACAAAAUAAUACAUCUGUAC